CGGCGCCCGUCGCAUAAAAACAUUACUUGAACAGAAAGAAUGGUGAGAGAAGAGCUGUCCUUGCCUCGUUAUAUAUCAAUCUUUCUUAUCUGAGCUGAAGUCUGUAGUAUCAUCGACCUAAUGAAGAUCUUUCCAGAGGUGGCUUACUCACAUCUUCACAGCAUCAGGUGCUACUGAGCCGACAUCCCGGAUUUGGACUCAUUUUUAAUAAUAUGAUGGAGGAUUUCUCUGGGUUGGCUCUCCCUCCUCUUUUUGGAGGACACAUCCUGGAGGCAGAGCUGGAGCCUGGUGGUGUGGAGCUGGGACCAGGAGAGGUGGAGCUGGGUCCUGGAAGCAAUGAGCUGCUGGAGAGUACAGCAGAAGAAGAUGAAGAGAGAAGAGCUCUUGAUAAGAGGAAAUAUUUGGCUCUGAGCAGGAGAUGUAAAGAAAUUGAACAGGUGAAUCAGAAGAUUCUUGGUCGCCUUCACCAGGUACAAAGAAUUACACGUCGCUUGAAGAAAGAGAGACGGUUUCUCAUGAAGACUUUAGAUGCUCAUGGAGAUGACUACAGAAACGCCCAGCUCACGAUACUUCUAGAGGAAGAGUCGGGAGCACAUUUAGAUCCUGCAGUUGGAGUCGAGGAAGACCGGCUCAAUGGUGUGUCUGGUUCUGCUUCGUCUGCACCUUCGCAUCAUGCUGCAGCACCAAAGAAGAGGAGGCAUCGAAUUUCACGACAAGACAAAGAUAAAGAUCAAGUAAAUUCAAAUCCUGAAGCCGACAUGUCCUCGUUGGCAGAGACACAGUUUGGAGAGAUGCCCAGUCCAACUUCACUGUCUCACUGAUCACUGCACUGCCCUGGGUGUGAUGAUGAUAAAAGAGGACCAAGUUUCAUAAACUGUUCAAAAGAUGCAACCUCCUCUGUUCAGCUAGGUUUUGCUCUGUGUAAUUUUACUUGAAUGUUAUGAACUCAUUGAAUGAACUUUAGGUAAAAUGCUACUUACCUGGUACAUUUAUUAAUUUGUUUUGAGUAUAUGAGUUUCUAAUUUCAUGUUUUGUACUGACAACAUAUAGUUAUGAUUAGUAAUAAACUGUAAACACUCA